AUGGGUGACUGGAGCCUUCUGGGGAGACUAUUGGAUACUGCACAGGAGCACUCCACGGUCAUUGGCAAGGUCUGGCUGACAGUCCUGUUCAUCUUCCGAAUCUUGUUGCUGGGAGCAGGGGUGGAGUCAGUAUGGGGAGACGAGCAGUCAGGCUUCACCUGCAACACCCAGCAGCCCGGCUGCAUGAACGUCUGCUACGACAAAGCCUUCCCUAUCUCCCACACCCGCUUCUGGGUGCUGCAGAUCAUCUUCGUGUCCACUCCCACCCUCAUCUACCUGGGGCACGUGCUGCACAUCGUGCGCAUGGAAGAGAAGAAGAAAGGGCGGGAGGAAGAGCAGCUGAAGGGAGAGAGCGACCGUGGCCAGAAGGACAGGCCCCCAGUGCGGGAUGACCAGGGAAAGGUCCUCAUUGCCGGGGCCCUGCUCCGGACCUACAUAUUCAACAUCAUCUUUAAGAUGUUGUUUGAAGUGGGAUUUAUUGUCGGACAGUACUAUCUGUAUGGCUUUCAGCUGAAGCCACUCUACCACUGUGACCGGUGGCCCUGCCCCAACAUGGUGGAUUGCUUUAUCUCCAGGCCCACGGAGAAGACCAUCUUCAUCAUUUUCAUGCUGGUUGUGGCCUGCCUGUCCCUCUUACUCAACGUGCUGGAGAUAUACCAUUUGGGCUGGAAGAAGCUUAAACAGGGCAUGACCAACCACUAUUGCCCAGAAAACCCUGAAUCCAGGAUGGAGGCCGCACUAUCUGGGGAUGUGAUCCCACUCCCCUCCCACUAGGCCACAGACACUGGUACUGUGGAGUGCCCUCCUUCCUACGUUCACUCUGUCUCUUCCCUGGGAUGGGCAACAAUCGUCAUUUUUCCAGCCUCUUCACCAGCAACAGACUUCAAUGUGGUAGCUUUUUCCCAGACCCAGGGGAAGGGCCACCCUGACAAAUUCUACCAUAGUAACCAUCACUUGCUAAUGACAGAGCAGAACUGGGCCAACCAGGAGCUUGAACAACAGACUUCUGUGAGGAAUGUCUCCCCAGUUGUACCUACAUCUUCUUCCUUUCCUCCCUCCCAGGCAGCUCCCAGCCAAAUUCUCAGGAGCCUGUCCUGUUGCAGAAUGGGGACCACAGCAUCUUGGGAGAGAGCAGAUUGGAAGUUACUCCUCAUGAGGGGCAGCAGGCAGUGA